AUGAAUGUGUUAGAUAAGUUUACUGUUGACUUAGGAUCUUCUGAGUGCUCUUGUAGAAGGUGGCAGUUGAGUGGAAUACCUUGUGUCCAUGCAAUUAGUUGCAUUAAGUUCAAAGGGCUUGUGUUGGAACCUUAUGUGGCUGACUGCUACAAGAGAGAAGCAUACUUGAGGUGCUACGAGGUAGUAAUUCACCCAUUGAACGGACCUGACCUAUGGGAGAUUACACCACAUCCUGAUGUAAUGCCUCUCCCAUACAGAAGGCCUAGUCACAGGCCAGUCAAAAAAAGGAAACCAGCUGCUGGAGAUGAAGAACAGAGCAGUCACACUCACAUGUCCAGGAAAGGGGAGAAACAAAGGUGCUCUAUAUGUGGUGUUGUUGGACAUAAUAAAAGAAGAUGCCCUAAACCUAUUGAGAAUGAGGCCCAAAAUUCCAAGAAACAAAGCAAGGGCAAGCAAUUCAGGGGAAGCAACAACUCUAUCCCUCCAGCUGCUAAGGGAGGAAAGAAAAGUGCAUCUACACAGCCCACUCCCAAACUUACUGUCAAGAGAAAAGUUGCUUCAGCAACACAGCCAACAAGUUCAGCCCAGUCUAACACUGUAGCACAGCCAAAAAGGCCUAGAGGCAGGCCCAAGGGGACCACGAAGCCCACACCUUCAGCCCAACCUGAUCCACCACCCAGGAAGAUUGUAGGCCCAAAAAGCUCAGCACCUUUAACUUCAUCAUCACAACCAACCACCACAAAUCUUCCAGCAUCUCAGCCAUCCCUUGCCACAGCUUCAAGCCAACCCACUGGGCACUACUCUGUUAGCUUUACUGGAGGACCUCAUGUUUCUCCUAGGAAACUGAAGUUAAUGGCAAAGUUGCCUCCAAGAAAAUGGGGAUUGCUUUAG